UCUUCAGUGCCUGCCAGAGGGUGAGAGGAACAGCAAAGCAGGGGAGCCCGAGGAUGAGAGGAGGAGCUGACGAAACCCCAUUCCACCUGCGUUUCUGCCCCCAUUUUUUUUUGCAUUGCAGACAUCUUUAUCGAGUUGGAAGGGAACAAACGUCUGCAGUUCAUUCAACCUUUAAACAUGAGCACGGCCAACCUAACCCUCUGGGACACCUUGAUCUUUCCUCCUCUCUGUGAUGGCUGGAGCAACAACACCGAGGGCGCCUUGUACCAGCUGGGCAACACUGUCCUGUUCCUGGGGUACAUGGGGGGCAGCGGGGCCUUCGGGUGCCUCUUCAUCUUCGGCCUCAUGUGCCCUGCCUUCCUCUGCCUCAGCAUGUGGGGCUGGAUGACGAUGUGUGGCGUGGACGUCUUCACCUGGCACCUGCUUCACCUGGCCGCCUGCCUGCUGCAGGUCUGCCACCUGCUCUACCGGAUGCACCAGGAGGGCAUACACAGCGAGGAGCUGUCCUCCCUCUACCAGGCCGUCUACCUGCCGCUGGGCGUACCUGUUCAGGUGUUCAAGGAGAUUGCAAAGGCUUUUGAGUACAAGGUGGUGGAGCUGAAGGCAGGACAGACGUAUGCCCUGGAGAACAAAACGCCAGUCGAUCAGCUCUCCUUUCUGCUGUCCGGAAGGAUCAGCGUGUCACUGGAGGGACAGUUCCUACACUACAUCCACCGCCACCAGUUCCUGGACUCUCCUGAGUGGGAGUCUCUCAGACCAAACGAGGAAGGAAAGUUCCAGGUGACCUUGAUGGCAGAUGAAGACUCCCGUUAUGUCUCUUGGCGCCGCCGCCGCCUCUACAUGCUGAUGUCGAAGGAGCGUUACAUUGCCCGCCUCUUUUCUGUGAUGCUGGGAUACGACAUUGCAGAAAAACUCUACAACCUAAACAACAAGCUCUACAUCAAGAGUGGUGUGCUGCUGGACAUCCGCCUGCCGAGCCUCUACCACGUGCUGGCUCCUGCCUCUCAGGGCAGCGAGGGUGGCAGUGGCAGUGACAGCGGCAUCUCCAAGGAGCAUCCAGCUGACCAACAGAGCCGGGACUCAACUCACCAGAUGUCCCAUCCAUCCCGACAUCAGCAUCCUCCACUAGGUCCAAGGGGGUCAUCCUCAGACGUCCCUCUGACGCCAGAGAAUGACCACCGUGAACUCCCCUGGGCUUCAGAGCCGGACCUGCUCUCUGGUGAGGACUCCACCAGCCUGGUUUUGGAGGACUUUGCUGAUGUACCUGGCUCUUUAAUGGACUAUGGCAGUGAGAGGGAUUAUUUGAGGUAGAGGGUCAGGGUACUGGAGCUAACACACUGGUCACCACCUGAGCUCAUGAUCUGAUGGUAACGACAACUUCCCCCCUCGGGUCAAAAGGGCAAGAGCACCACUUGCUCCCACCGAUACGCCCAAACUGUGAACACAGCCCUCUUCUGGAAACACUGGCUGCCUAGUGCUCUACCAAGUAUGAAUUUUAAUUUAUGAUGGUGUUUUCUCCAACACAAGUUAUGCUUUUAAGUCCUAAGCAGCUCCUUGAUUUCCUCAGAGAAACCAAAGAGCCAGAGGUGUAAUCUUGUAUUGAUAGUCCUUGUUUUAUGCAUGGGAAAGCCUCAUUUUUUGUCAUUAUGCCCUCAAUCAGUUUUUCAUUUACUGUUUUUCUAAAUGUCACGACCAAGUGUUUCAUUUCCAAAAGGAAUGAGGAACUGAAAGCAUCAAGGAUGCUGGAAGUGUGUCACUGCCAAACGGAAAAAGCUCAUGUGCAGAUUACUGAUUAACAUGAAAUAACAUGAGAGUUUUGACCAGCAACAUGUUGAACAUUUGAAAAGUUAUGUGCAGCAGAUUUUACAGUCAUGUGAAAAAUGAUACUUUGAACAUGUUUCUAUUAAGACCGUUUGUGCCAGAUUUCUCACUCUCUAAUCACUCUGCAAGCUGAGGUGAUUUCUUUAAUGUCACAAACCCAGCCAGUAAAGCCAAGUGGCCCCAUAUGGUUUCAAAGUGGGCAGAAAAUGUGGGCCCCAAAUGGGUUUGUCUGCAGUUUCUGUGAUGGAGCCACCUGUGUUUGCCCACAUUUAAGUGGACACUCAGUGGGUAGGCUCGCUAUGCUAGCCAGCUGCAUAGCUCGCUAGCUCAACACGGUGUAGCUUGUUAGCUCAAUACAGCAGAGUAUUGUAGCUAGCAACAGAGGAGCUCGCAAGCUUGAUAAAGCAGAGCUCACUGGCUUGCUGUAGAGGCGCUAGCUAGCAUGAUACAAUGGAGCUACAGUUGCACUCAGCUUGCUACAGAAGAGCUCUCUAGUUCACUACAGCAGAACUCACUAGAUCACUAUACCAAAGCUUGCUAGCUCAUUAUAUCGGAGCUCGCCAGAUAUCUACAGUGGAGCUCGAUAGCUCACUACAGCGGAGCUCAUUAGCUCACUACAGGAAGCUCGCCAGAUCAAUACGGCAGAGAAUGCUAGCUUGCUACAGAGGAGCUUGCUAGCUCAAUACAGAGGUGCUCGCUAGCUCGAUAAAGGAGAGCUCACUAGCUCGCUUUAGAGGAGCUAGCUAGCGUGUCACAGUGGAGUUUGCUAGCAUGUUACAGUGGCGCUCAUUAGCUUGCUACAGAGAAGCUUACAAUGAUGCUACAGCUCAGCUUGCUAGCUCACUACAGCUGAGCUUGUUAGCUCAAUACAGCAGAGUGUGAUAGAUGAAUAUCGCAGAGUAUGCUAGCUCACUACAGCGGAGCUCGAUAGCAUGCUUCAGUGGAGCUCAAUAGCACGCUAUGCUGUCCACCAGGCAGCUGGCUAGCGUAGCAAGCUAACCCACUGAGUGUCCACUAACGCUAAUGUGGGUGAACAGGUUGGGCCACCACAGAAACUGUGGACAAACCCAAUCGGGGCCCACAUUUUCUGCCCACUUUUAAACCAAUCGGGGCCCACUUAGCCUCGCUGGCUGGGAAUGUGUCUGAAUUUAGAAUACAACAGCAAAUUACUUUGUAAGAAAUAUUUCUUCUGCAUCUGAUACUUGGUUCCUACAGACAAUGUUUUUUUUUAUUUUUAGCUUUGAGUAUGUAAAACACAAGUGAACACUGUGAACUUUAUUCUGCUGAUGUCAACAACAUGAGAUAUUGGGGCCAAGAUUUCUCCAUGAAGCUCUUUGUUUGCUGUGAUUCCUUAGCUUAGAUUUAGAUCGUCUAAUUGUUUCAUGUUUGUCACAAUACUACAGUAAAAAUGUAUUUUACUUUAUCAAGAUUUAAAGGUUUAAAUGUUCUCCACACCUGUUUUUGUAACUUCACAAUAAAAACUGGUUUCUCCA